AUGGACGGCCCAGAUUCGCCCUGCGUCCAUUCCAUCAACGGCCGCUGGCUGCUCAAUGAACAGACGCAAAACUACACGUGGCAGCUCUACCCCUGCGCACACCCCCUCCCUCCCACUUCCCAAUGGGUCUCCGCCCUCCAAUCCCGGGGCAUUUCCGAAAUCAACUUUGUGGGGGACUCUCACGUGCGAUUCCUCUUCCACCACCUCUACUUUCUCCUCACUGGCAAGGCCAAUGCUUCCACUUUUCAGUACCAUUGGGACAUUCAGUUGGUCGUGCCGCCCCCUAGCCCGGAGCUGCAGCCUCUGAAGCUCAACUUUUAUUGGAUCGGAGGGAUGUUUGUCAACGGGUCUUUUGGCUGCAGGAAUGAGAACAUCACGUCAUUUCAAAUGCUCCAGUUCCCAAACAUCUCCACAACAGCCCAUGUGACUCUCUUAGAUGGGGGUUACUGGACAACCUUUUUCUGUGAUGAGCCUGAGAACGCCUUUGGGUACUAUCUUCCUAACUUCCUGCAGUGGUUUUACUCCAGAAUAGAAUUGAUUCAGUUGGAGCAUCAACGGCAGCAGCAGCAGCAGCAGCAGCAGCAGCAACAGCAGCAGCAGCAGCAGCAGCAGCAGCAGCAGCAGCAGCAGCAGCAGCAGCAACAGCAGCAACAGCAGCAGCUCCAGGGGCAGGUUGAAACUCAGAGGCUGCCCGACAAAGGCCCUUGGUUUCUGUACCGAACCAUCCCCCCAAAACGGCUUAACGAGUUCUUUUCGUAG